CUCCUCCACUGCGGCGUUACGCGCAUGCUCCCGACAGCGAGACAGGUCCUGAUCAACCUCAAGAGUUUAGGCUACUAUUAGAUUAUAUUUACUGCUGUACAGCUAUUGUACAUUAUCGAUGGGAUGAAGGAAAGGCUGUAAAAUAUUCAGACUGUAGCGAUGUAAUGAGCUGUUGUCAGUUGUUGAAAUCAAAAGUGAAAGUGUUUUUGUGUUCUCAGAAGUUAGCUAUUUCUCUUAUCUUGUUUUACUAACGUUAAACUUUGCAUGCAGCACUCUUAAUUUAUAAAAACACCGAAACGAGACUCCAUGAUGAUGAUUGAAGUAAUUGUUUUUGGAUACUUCCUGACGUGCGUUUGUGCUGAUGGGGUUGCAGAUGUCGUACUUUCCUGCACCCUGGUGGAGGAGGGCGGAGGACUGGGUGGAAUGGGAACUGGCAAUCUUUUCACAAGGACUCCAGCCACUCUCGUCUUAAGAAAUGUUGCCGUGGCUUCUGAUGAAUCACUCGAAACACUCACUGCGUUUGUCCCGCCUUCUGUCCCUGAUCCAGAUGCCAUCCUGUUAGAAGCCACAGUGUCAUCACCUGAGAUCCCCAAUGCAGAUGUGUUGCUCCAUGCGGACUGCAAUGAGCAGGAGGUGAUGUGUGAAAUAAGCCGUUACUCUCCUCGUGGAUCCCAGGAAAGUUCAGAUCCAGCUUAUUUCAUGGUGUCCCUUAAUGUGGAGGGAGUUGAGUUCGGCACUGUGUUGAUUCUGCAGACUUUGGUGUUGAAUAAGGACCAGUCCACCCUCAUACAAAACAAACUGGGUCUGCCUCUUAGCCAGUCGGGAACUCUGCUGACUGAGGUGAUAUUCCUGGUGUUUUCCCACAUAAAGUCUGUAUCUGCACCUCUGAGAGGUGAUGUUCUCCUCAACUGUGGCUUCAAGCAGCAGAAGAUACCCUUAGCGCAGGAGGUGGGCAUUGAAUGGCGACUGCAGCACAGGGGGAAAGGGAAUAAAGUGCUUGAAAUGAAGACGAGGCUGGAUGAUGCAGAAGGGAGCACAGUAGUGCAUGCAGAAAGGAGGGGCUCAAGCAUGGAUGCCGCCCAGCUUGUUGGUGAGGGUAACGCCUCUGUGACUCUGACCAAGUUGAAGGUUUUGGAUGAGGGAACCUACAUCUGUACUGUCAGUAUAGGCCUUUUCCAUGCCCAGCAGGUCAUUCAACUCCACGUUAUUCAACCACCCGAUGUUUCACUCUCAGAGGAGAAGUUGGUUUUGGAAACAAAGUCCCCCCAGACACUGAGCUGCCACUGCACUAAAUACUAUCCGCUGGAUGCUCAGAUGGAGUGGUUAUUCCUCUCUCCUGUAGACACAGAGCCUACAAUGUUUCCAGAUCAGGGCUCUCUGUCCAGCCAUCGACAGCAUGGUGAUGGGACUUAUUCCCUGUCAUCUCACCUCACUGUCCCCUCCAGUGUCUCCCCUGGAACUAAAAUCACCUGCAAGGUGUCCCACCCGGCCCUGAGUGAACCUCUCUCUCUCAGUCUGAUGGUAGAAAGUCCAGAACCAGAUUCCUAUUGGUGGGUUCUGGGUUUCCUGAUCAUCACUGUGAUUUUCUUCUAUCAGGUCAUGAGAUAGAUUAGUAGGAGAUCUUUUAUCAGAUAAUCCUGACUUGAAACUGAGCCCAUAAGGACUUCCUUUGUGUCAUUUGUGUGUCUGUAAGUUAUUACUGAUUUUAUUAGAAGCCAUCACUGGUUCUUUUAACUCUUCUAGGCUUCUACUGAACUGAAAAAUACUAAAUUUACAAAAAAAUCCAAUUGGACCCAAAAAAAAUUUGGGAAAAAACAAGUGUAUUUGAAUAUUUAGCUGUAUCAUUUAUUUGCAUUAUAAAUUUGUUGUUGAGUAGCAUUGGUAGUGGUUUACUUAUGUAAAGUUCUUGUAAGUUUCGAGGCUGCGUUUCUGUAACCUGCAACAUAUUAAAUCAAAUUAAACUAUACUUUCCAGCAAAAAACGUUUUGUCACACAUAAAUUACCCGCUGCAGUUAAAUUAUUUAUCUAACACUGACUGAACUGUGUUUUGCCUCUCUAGUGCUGUGGAAAACAUAACUUGCUUUCUUACUCAGAACUAGUUAGUGUGUUUGAUGCCACGUCAUCAGAGGACCUAAGUUUCUUUUUUUACUCGCUGCAGGUAAUAAAGACUAGGCAGUAGGCACUGUCAGCUUCUCCAGACUUUGCAUUACUGGCCCACACAAAGUUUAUUUCAAUACUUUACUAAAAAGAAGCUUAAAGGAAACACAACUGAAGCGAGCAGUUAUACAGUAGGCAUUAACAGAACAUGCAAUAAGACACAGGACUAUUGGUCUGAUUCAAACUGGAUUAAGUUAUCUAGGCCUUGAAUUGUUUGUACAUGUACACACUGUAGGAUUUUUGGCUUAUUUGUUCUAAACUAGAAAAUAGGGCCGUGGACUUUUCAUUUUCUUUUUAUGUGUUUCUGCUGAGAACUUGUAAUUGCUGAUAUACUGUAAAUUGGUAUCUUUGUUUAAAACCUCUUGACCUGACCUGCCAGUCAUUGUGCAUCCAAACAUUGUUGAAACCGACAGAACUUUGUUUUCAAUUCAAGUGGAGAUCCCAAAGUCUCCAAAGACACCAAAUAUGUCAGGUUGAAUUUUGGGAAAAUGUGUAUAAAAUGAUGCACAAGACAUCUAGAAUAUUUCCAUUUGAUGGAGUGGUGCAGAUGUAAAAAAACAAGAGUCUUGGGUUUGAAUAUCUGAUUCAGUAUAAACAUCAUUGCAACAAACCAAUACAGAAUAUGGAAUUAGAUGAUUUUAGAUGAACUUUAAAGCUACUUAAGGGGGAAAGGAGGGAAUUAUAUAUUUUUAAAGGUUUUUGUUGUUAUACUGUUUUCAUAUGGUAUUAUUUUUAAAUGUAGACUAUGUUUAUUAUGGCUUUUUCUCACUUGUUUUUGUGUGUGAUAUUGAUUUUGUUACUCUUUCUGUUAUUUAAUUUUCACAAUGACAAUUUUGUGACUCAACAACAUUGUUUAAGGUAUUUGACAUUUUCAAUAUUAGUACACUUCGUCUAUUAUCUGGAAACCGAUUGAAGCUCUGUCAUAGACAAAUCACAGGGUUUCACUUUCAUAAAACGAUUUCAGUCAGAAUCAGAAUCCAUAUAUUGUAAUAACAAUACAAGCUGGCAUUACUUGAAGUGGAGUAGAUUGUGGAAAAAGCAUUUCCUAACAAGGUCUAAAUUGGCUCAAUAUGUAAAAAAAUAUAAUAAAGAUCAGCACUCA